AUCCCUAAAAAUGGCGGUUUUUAUUUUUGUUUUCAUAAAGAUUGUUUGAAAGUUUGUGAUUUUUGGCUUCAUCUCCCACCGCUGUUGGAUUAUUUAAUUAUUUAGGUGUUUGAUACAGUUCUAGAUUAUUCAUAAUCAAGCAUUGUGACUGAUGAAGUCAUUAUGAGUGGACCAUUGCGUGACUGAUGUACCACUAAUCUGGAUGUGUUUGUAGACAAGAAACCUAAGGGUUGCUAUCAUUUACUUUUAAUUAAGUUUGUACAAACCAAUACUGAAAUAUGACUGCCGAAGAAAGUGAUGACUUUGAGAAAGCUCCGUCUGCCACCUCUAUAUCCCAGAUUUCCAGAAUAAACAGACAGUUCCGGCUAAAGUCGAACAGGAAAAGCAAUGUUAUUAGUAUGGUACAAGAACUCUAUCUUCGAAAAGAUGUUCCUUGCAAAAGUCUUUUAUGCCAGAACAAUUGCACAUCGAAUAAAGAAAAUGAUGUAUUUCUAUCAUUGGAUGUUUCACAUUAUGUUGUACUGGACAGCCAGAUAUGCAGGGACUAUUUGGAAAUAUGGGAAACGCCGGAGAUAAAAGGAAUUAUAUUCCCCCAAACUGUUGUUAACAGUGUCCAGUAUGAAGGUAACAGUCGUCAGGUGAAACGACUCAAAGCUCUCCUGGAUGAUCCUCGUAAAGGAUCAGUGUUAUUCUGUAACGAAUUUCAUGAAGAUGUGUAUUGUGAAAGACAGCCAAAAGAACCAACAUCAGAAUGGCAAACUAGGUGUUGCUACAAAGUCUCAGAAUGGUAUUACAACCACCUAAAUGGUCAAAUGCCUGUUAUAAUGGUGACCGAUAAUAUGAAGAUGAUUGAAGAAUAUGGAUGCAAAACUUUGAACGUCUUUGUUUUAUCGAUGGAAGAUUACAUGAAUAGCUUUUGGGAGGAACUUCCUGGAAUAAUUGAUUUAUACACAUCUCUUCGUGCAUCUUUAGACAGUAAACGAAAAGGAACAGAAUAUUUGGGAUAUCUUCCAAUGCACUGUCUUGAGAGUGGUGUCAAAACGGGUCUCUUCAUAAAAGGACACUUAAAUGUUAACAAACAUGAUGCUCAGAGAGAAGCCUUUCUACAGCGUAGUAGCUGCUCUGAGAUCAAAAGUGAUAAUACCGAUAUUUUAAUUCAUGGAAUGCCUCACCGAAAUCGUGCCAUUCAUGGUGACCUAGUUGUUGUGGAAUUAUUACCAAAGUCUGAGUGGAGAGGCCGGUCAAUGUCUCUUAAUGAGAAUAAUCAAGGUUCUGAAGAUGAAGAAUCUGAUAUGUCAACUGUGAUGCCAAAUGGUAAAGUAGUUGGAAUCAUUCAAAGAAACUCUCGAGACUACGCUGCCUCUUUAGUUACGGAGGAGAAUAUGGAAUCAGAAGGGAAGAAAAAUCCUCGACGAGCUGAUCGUGUCUUAGCAGUUCCCUGGGAUUACCGAAUACCAAAAAUUCGUAUAAGUACCCGUCAAAUUGAAAACCUCAGAGACCAAAGAUUCGUGGUAAGGAUUGAUUCUUGGGAAUUAGGUUCCCAAUACCCCAAUGGGCAUUUCGUCCGAACUUUAGGCCCUUCUGGAGACCCAGAAACUGAAAUUGCCACCAUUCUAGUAGAAAACAAUAUAUUUAUUGGAAAUUUUUCAGAUUCACAGUUACAAGAACUCCCUAAAGUAAGUCCAGAAAAUCCUUGGGAAAUUCCAGUUGAAGAAUUUUCUAAAAGGAGAGACCUUCGACAGAGCCACCUCGUGUUCAGCAUUGACCCUCCAGGCUGUGAAGAUGUUGAUGACACACUGUCAGUGAGGCAUCUUCCAAACGGUCAUAUUGAAUUGGGUGUCCACAUUGCUGAUGUCACCUACUUUGUGAAGCCGGGUUCACUGUCAGACUUGGAAGCUAGAGCUCGUUCCACCACGGUUUAUCUUGCAGAUCGCCGUUACGACAUGCUGCCAUCAGUUCUGAGUUCUAAUUUAUGUUCACUGGUCAGUGGAGAGGACAAAUGUUCUGUGAGUGUUAUGUGGGAGAUGGAUGCCAGCUUCAAUGUCCUUGAUGUCUGGUAUGGCCGUACUCUGAUAAAUUCUUCAUAUAAAUUAACAUACGAGACAGCCCAAGCCUUAGCUGAUGGAGCUACUGUAGAAGAGGCCUCCGCAAAGAUUACAGAACUGGAAACAUUAGGAACAGACAAACACCAAAGAGUUGAAGAACUUCGUAUUGCCAUCCUCUUACUUAUGGAAAUAGCGUUCAAACUGAAAGCCAAGAGGAAAGAAAAGGGUGCUCUAGAUCUCGAUGGCCUCGAAGUUCGGCCAGUUGUUGAUGAAGAGAAAAACAUUUCUGAGUUAAUCAUUGACAAGCAUUUAGAAGUCCAUGAUACAGUAGCCGAGUGCAUGAUUUUAGCCAAUGAAUGGGUAGCUUGGAAGAUAUCUUCAACAUUUAUUAACCAUGCAUUGUUACGGCACCAUCCUUUACCACGUCAGGAAUUCUUUCAAGACAUUAUUGAUUUUGCUAAGGUGAAAAACUUUACCAUUGAUACCACUUCCAAUAAAUCUCUGGGUGACUCUCUCGACAGGUGUGUUGAUCCUAAUGACAUCUACUUCAACAAGCUUUUACGAAUGAUGGCAGUGUUAGCAAUGCCCCAGUCACUAUAUUUUUCAACUGGCUCUUUAAAUCGAGAUAAUUUCUUUCACUAUGGAUUAGCUCUGGAUGUCUACACACAUUUUACAUCACCUAUUCGCAGAUAUGCUGAUAUCCUUGUCCAUCAUCAACUCUUGUCAGCGAUUGGGGAAGGUCCUGAUGACUACAAGCUACCCGGCAAUGAAGAACUGCAGAAGUUCUGCGAUCACAUUAACAUGAAGCACAGAGCAGCACAGAAUGCUCAACGUGAUUCACAGAAAAUGUUCCAAGCUUUAUAUUUCAAAGACAAAUCUUUAGACAAAAAUAAGGAAGACGUUAUUGCUGAAGCUAUUGUGAUUCAGCUCAGAUCUAAUGGUGUCCUUGUCUUUGUACCUCGCUUUGGUCUGAAAGGUCCAGUUUAUUUGAAAGACAAGCAAGAUAAAGUUGUAGAGUUCUCCGCAGCAAAUCAAAAGAUGGAAUGGUCUCAUGGCUCCAUAGCCUGUGGGGAUACUCAUGUUACAGUUAUAAGUCGCUCUGGCAAAAAAAUGAAGUUUACUCUCUUGCAGCACAUAACUGUAAUUAUUUCCUUGGAAUUGGUCAAUGCUCAUCAACCAAAUGUUAAACUGGAGCUGCUUUCUGAUAAACCAAUUCUUUUACAAAACCAAAAUCAAACUGAUCUAAAAGAUAUGUUUUCUAAAAAGGAUGUAAAUGCCUUGAGUGCUGCUGAAAUAGCGGCUGCCUCAGUGAACUCAUUUACUCAUCUGAAUACAGAAUACAGACAAUCUGAGGCUGAAAGUAGUUUGUAUGAAGUGUUUGAAUCUUUCCAGGAAAUGGGCAUCAUGUCCGUAUAAGGAAGUGGAUUUUGUUGAACCAGUUUUGUACAUUUUGACCAAAAUGGGUGAUUGUUGUAAAUAUUUGUUUGUACAUACACAUGUAUAUGUCUGUUGUGGGUAUGUGUGUGUGUGUGUGUGUGUGAGUAUUUGUGCAUGUGUGUUUGUGUGUGCACGUUUGUCUUUUUUUAGAAAUUUCUAAGAUUUAAAAAAAAAAAUAAAACUUUACACACGAAACCCCUUGAACAUUUAGAAUGAUUUUUAA